CUUUCCUCUUUCUUCUUCAUUUUCACUAGUACUACCUUUCUCUCUAAGGAAAAUUCUAUCGGUCUCUCUAAUGUUUUCGAAAACGUCGACGUCUCUAGCGCCGGGUUUCAGAUUUCACCCGACGGACGAGGAAUUGGUCCGAUACUAUUUAAGGCGAAAGCUUUGUGGGAAGCCUUUCCGGCUUGAUGCAAUCUCAGAGAUCGAUAUUUACAAGGCUGAGCCUUGGGAACUUCCAGGUAAAUCAAGGCUGAAGACCAGAGAUUUGGAGUGGUAUUUUUUUAGUGUACUUGAUAAGAAAUAUGGCAAUGGAUCACGAACUAAUCGAGCGACAGAAGAAGGUUACUGGAAGACAACUGGCAAGGACAGGCCUGUCCGCCACAAGUCGCAGGUUGUGGGGAUGAAGAAGACCUUGGUGUAUCACAGUGGUCGUGCCCCUAAGGGUCAGAGGACUAACUGGGUCAUGCACGAGUACAGACUUAUUGAUGAAGAGUUGGAGAAGGCUGGAAUUGUCCAGGAUGCAUUUGUUUUGUGUAGAGUUUUUCAGAAAAGUGGCUCUGGGCCAAAGAAUGGAGAACAAUAUGGUGCGCCCUUUGUUGAGGAGGAAUGGGAAGAAGAUGAAUUGGAAAUGGUUCCCAAGGAGGAGGCUGCAGAAGAGGUGGAAGUUGGUGAUGAUUCUUAUUGGGAUGGAAUUGACCUUGAUCAGAUUCUUGGAACUGAAAUUUCGCCUGAUAAUGAUCACAUGUUGAAUAUUGUUGCUGGUGAGAAUGUCGCUUCUGUCGAGGAAAAUACGGAUUCAAGCAAUGAUCCUCAGAAGUUAUUGGUUAGCAACCUUCCUUUGGAAUUCUAUUCUGGGGAGAAUGUAAGUGGCGGUGAGGAAACUACAGGUUCUAACAAUGAUUCUCAGAACCACCUGGUUGGUGCUGGUGAAUACAAUUGUGUGCCAGAGCAGUCUGAUGACCAGAACUCAUAUAAUUUGCCUGUUCACUAUGACUUGCAUCAAAAAGCAGUCAAGCGUGAAUACAUUGGCGAACCAAGCAAUGCACUGGAUGCUGAAAAUGUAAAUUAUUUGCUUGAUGAACCUUAUAUGGAUGCUCUGGAUAAUCUUCAAUUUGAUGAUGGAGCAUUCCUUGAAACUAAUGACUUGUCAAAUCCGAUUGCUGCUGAUACUUCUGCUUUUGGCAUGCUGGAAGAGUAUCUCAAUUUCUAUGAUGCCGAUGGUGAAAUCCCACCAUAUAUGAAUCAUGAUCUUCCAGAGAUGAUGGGGAUUAAUGAGACCCUUGUUUCUGGACAAGCAUCCAUUCUUCCAAAGGAAUCGGAAGAAAAAGCUCAAUCUGCUGAAGAGUCAAGCGAAAAGCUUUUAGGCCAUGGUGAUGUUGCAUCUUCUUCAAAGGAAGAGCCAACUAAAGAAUAUUUUCAAUAUCCAUUCAUCAAGCAGGCAAGUCGUAUGUUGGGCAGCAUUCCCGCUCCUCCUGCAUUUGCUUCAGAAUUCCCUUCAGAGGAUGCGACUCUUCUUCUGCAUCCCUCAUCUUCCAGUACGGCUCACAUUACUGCUGGUAUGAUUCAAAUAGGGAAUAUUGGUCCGGGCAGCCAUGGAAUGGACUGGCUGUUUGGAAAGCACGGGAGGUACAAUGUUGUCCUUUCUUUCGGCCUAUCAAGGGGCGAUGAUAACUCUACUACCUUGGAAUCGGUUGUUAGCAUACGUCCAGGGAAGGCUGCUGCCUCUGGGAUGUCCAGGGGUUGGUUCUGCUUUAUAUUCUUUUGGGUCCUUGUUCUGUCUGUGGGCUUCAAAAUUGGGACCUGCAUUUGCGCCAGGUAAUGCUGCGAAACAUGUGCAAAAGAUGUGGCAUCUGGAAUAAGGAAUUCUUUUGUACUUCAGGUGGAAGUUAAUUGCUGGACUCUACUGCAGAGUCAUAUGGUUUAAGAUUUUCCACAAGAAGAUUACUAGGAUGGAAAAUUAGAUUAUAUUUAAAUGUAGAGGAGUUUAUGAAGGUUUUUCGCUUUGGAUUAUGAGACUCGAAGCUUCUUGCUUAGAAGCUCUAUGGUCAGAAAACAUUUUGUAGUUUGUGAUUCAUGUCAAUGUAGAGCACAUCUUUUAUUUGACUAUAUUAUAUUUUGCCUCAAAUUGGCUUUGGAGUUUUUGA